CUUAGAACAAAACUGAAUUAUAAUCCUCCAAAGGAUGAUGGCUCAACAUACAAGAUUGAACUUGAAGGGAUAUCUGUUGAUAUCAUGAAAGAGAUACUAGAUUACAUCUUCAGUGGGCAGAUCAGGCUAAAUGAAGAAACUAUCCAAGAUGUGGUACAGGCAGCUGAUCUCCUGCUGCUUACAGACUUAAAAACUCUCUGCUGUGAGUUUUUAGAAGGUUGCAUAGCUGCUGAGAACUGUAUUGGUAUUCGGGACUUUGCACUGCACUAUUGUUUGCAUCAUGUUCACUACCUUGCCUCAGAGUAUCUGGAAACUCACUUUCGAGAUGUCAGCAGCACAGAGGAAUUCUUGGAACUGACUCCUCAGAAACUGAAAGAAGUGCUGUCGAUGGAAAAGCUCAAUGUCGGAAACGAAAGAUACGUCUUUGAAGCGGUGAUUAGGUGGAUUUCUCAUGAUUCAGAAUCAAGAAAGGUUCACAUGAAGGACGUCAUGUCCGCAGUGUGGGUUUCGGGCUUAGAUGCGGCGUAUUUACGUGAGCAGAUGAUGAGCGAACCACUGGUACGGGAGAUCGUCAAAGAAUGCAACAAUAUUCCCCUCACGCCGCCCCAGCAGGGAGAGGCGAUGCUGGCGUCCUUCAAGCCCCGGGGUUACUCAGAGUGUAUCGUGACUGUUGGUGGAGAAGAACGAGUAUCACGGAAACCAACCUCAGUGAUGCGGUGUAUGUGUCCUCUUUAUGAUCCCAAUAGACAGCUCUGGAUUGAACUUGCUCCUAUGAGUAUUCCAAGGAUCAAUCAUGGAGUGUUGUCAGCAGAAGGAUUUUUAUUUGUGCUUGGUGGUCAGGAUGAAAACAAGGGAACGCUAAGCUCUGGAGAGAAAUAUGAUCCAGAUACCAAUUCAUGGAGUUCCUUACCACCAAUGAAUGAGGCACGACAUAAUUUUGGUGUGGUAGAGAUUGAUGGAAUUCUGUAUAUUCUGGGCGGUGAGGACGGUGAAAGGGAGCUAAUCUCUAUGGAGAGCUAUGAUAUUUAUAGCCGGACCUGGACCAAGCAGCCGGACUUGACCAUGGUUAGAAAGAUUGGCUGCUAUGCAGCUAUGAAGAAGAAAAUCUAUGCAAUGGGUGGAGGCUCCUAUGGAAAACUCUUUGAGUCGGUGGAGUGUUAUGACCCUAGGACUCAGCAGUGGACAGCAAUCUGUCCUCUGAAAGAGAGAAGAUUUGGGGCAGUGGCCUGUGGAGUUGCCUCUGAGCUUUAUGUAUUUGGCGGGGUCAGGAGUCGUGAUGACAGUCAAGCCAGUGAGAUGGUGACGUGCAAAUCUGAAUUUUAUCAUGAUGAGUUUAAAAGAUGGAUUUAUCUAAAUGACCAGAACCUAUGUAUCCCGACUAGUUCUUCCUUCGUGUAUGGAGCUGUGCCCAUUGGAGCCAGCAUAUAUGUGAUCGGAGAUCUUGAUACAGGUACAAAUUAUGACUAUGUUAGAGAAUUUAAGAGAAGCACGGGAACCUGGCAGCGCACUAAACCACUAUUUCCAUCGGACCUUCGCCGUACUGGCUGUGCAGCUUUGCGGAUUGCAAACUGCAAGCUCUUUCGACUGCAGCUUCAACAAGGAUUAUUCCGCAUUCGCGUACCUUCUCCGUGA